GUCUUAAUCUUAUCCCCGGACCCCGGGACGCCGCGAUACUUCACCGUCGGUACGCGGCUUCACCAUCGGUGGAACAGAGAGCAGAAGGCAUGUUUCCGAUGGCCUCAUCGUCGUCGUCGCCGCCGCCGCUCUCACCUAUCGUCCUCCGGACGCUCCCGUGCAGACCCGUUGUCCUCUCGAGACGGAAGAAGCCACUUCCCUCGCCAAAAUCUGGCCGCUUAGCAAUUGCCGGAGCAGAGCUGCGAUUGACGGAGACCGGCCGGUGGACGAGGAGCUAUAGGAGGGGCGGACGCUUCCCGUGUUUCUCCUAUAACGCCAAUAACAAGAGUCCCUCUCCUUCGGAUAAGAGUUCUGACGAGUGGACAAUCCUUCGGCGGUGGGAUGUGCCAUGGGAGUGGCAAACCGUUAUGCUCACCAUGGUAGGCUGUGGAGUAAGCUUUGUUUUGACAGGAUUAGUUGAGCAAUCCGCUUUGCAAUAUGUGGGGUUUAAAGCUGUGGAGGCAACUAUAGAUGAGAAGGCAGAAAUAUUGUUUCUUGGGCAACUUAGUGUGACAGUAGUUCUGCUUGGCGUUAUAUUUGGCAUCACCAAUACGUUUCGACCAUUCCCAGAUGAUGUAUUUCGUUAUGAUAUUAAAGAACCAUUCAAGCUGCAGAAUGGAUGGCUUUUGUGGGCUGGAGUCGGCCUCUUUGCGGCAGUAAUUUCUAUUGCUUUAGCAGGAACUGCAAUGACCUAUCUGAAUGGUGAAACUCCAGAGAGAGAGACUGAUUCACUAGUUCUUUUAUUGCCCCUGAUUGGAUCAUCCAAUACUAGCACUGCCUUUUUGGUGGGAAUUACUGGAGUUCUGGCACCACUUCUGGAGGAGACUGUGUUUCGAGGAUUUCUAAUGGUGUCCUUGACUAAGUGGUUUCCGACUCCAGUUUGUGUACUUGUCAGUGCUGCUGUAUUCGCCCUUGCUCAUCUGACUCCUGGGCAAUUUCCUCAGCUAUUUGUACUUGGUGUUACACUGGGGUUUUCAUAUGCUCAAACCCGCAAUCUUCUAACUCCUAUCACAAUACAUGCAUUUUGGAACUCAGGAGUAAUAUUGCUGCUAACCUUUCUUCAGGUAUGUCCCUCUGUCUGGAUCAGGCUACCAGUGAGUAAACUCUUUCUUGCUGCAAGGAUAUGAUAUCAAGGAGCUGUUGGGGGCAUCGUGAAGGUUUGGACAAACCAGAGCCUGGUUUUGUGCAUAAGGUGAUCCCAAGGAGCUCUGUUGGGCGUGUGACCUGGCACAUCCGAUGUCUGCAAGGUAGUUGCGUUUCCAGAAGUUUUACGACACAUCACUCCUCUGUAAAGCUGUUCAUCUAGGGCGCGUGGCAGAUGGCCUUAAUGCAAGAACUGGAGAAACACCUGUCAAUAAAUUACGACACAUCAUGAGUUGUCGUUUUUGUAUGUAAAUGUGCUUUGGGGACAGGGCAGUACAAUAUAUGCCUACCAUCGGUAAGAUCAAUACAUCUGAAUAUGAACUUCAUCCAGUGCGA